GAGAAAAAUAUAUGUCUUUGCUGAUGGUAGGCAAAUAAACACACACCCAGACAGGUCAAAGAAAUCUAAGCACACACACACACACACACACACACACACACACACACACACACACACACACACACACACACAAACACACACACACUCAGCUCCCCUCCCCCCUUCCACACACACAAACACCACAGCAUAAUAUUUAUUCUCUUAUCGCUCAGGGCCAAACAACAAACACGUAAACAAACAAUUAAGCGUACACCGUGGCAUCUGCUUAGCAUGUGAACGACCUAUAAUGAUGCUGCCCGGCCUGUGCUCUACGCAAGGAUAUACUGCCGGGGUAAAAGGAGUCUGUGGUACUUCCUAUACUUGCUUCGUUUCAUCAUCCAUAGAGUGACAGACUGACAAGCAGACUCUUUGACCCGAUACCAGCGAUGGGCCAAAUUUCUGCCAUGAUAGAAACCUCCCAAAACAGAUGAUGCAUAAACUGAUCACACAUGCGUUGAUAUAUAUUAUGAAAUGGUUUGCGUGAGUGAUGAUUCUCUCUAAUUAUUUUACUUAGAGGGGCCUUUAACCUAACCUAACCUAACCUAAGAAACAUGAUCCCCGCAGCUACCGGGUUAAACUACAUAUCAAGAAGACGAAUUUGCUCUUGAAAAUAAUAUAAUUGUUUUGCGUCGUUUUUCUUCGAGUUCUUUGCUUCAAGGUCUUGGCGCGGAGGCUGCAGGGCAACACGUGUCAGUUUGGCCCGAGUAAUUGUAGCGAAGUCUUGAUUAUGUCAGUCAUCCCGACGCUGGUGUGGAAUUUUCAUGCUGGGUGCGUCACUUCCUAACGCGCACACCACUACCACCACCACCACCACCACCAUCAGCUCAGGUCAAAAAACGUAUAAAUCCACGAUGCACCUCCACUGUCAACACCACCACAACAACAGUACCACCACCACUACUAAAUGAAUAUUAUUACCACUGCCUCCUUCUAUUUCGCAAGUCACAGUGAGUCUUCAUUGUAUCAUCCCCCCCCCUUCCCCCUGUGAUUAUUGUUCUAAGUUAAGCGCACCUGUUGAUAGUCCUCCCUUCCCUCCUUACUUGCUGUCUCCUCCUCCUCCUCCUUCUUCUUCUGACUCUCUCUCAGUCUGAUUUGGGGGAGAGUGAGAGUUGUGGUCAGGCUGGCAGUAAGGAGGAAGAGGAGGAGGAGGAGGAAGAAGGUGUAGGAGGAGGAGGAGGAGACCAAACCAGUAGGAGAAUGGACUUGGCUGAGGAAGGAGGUAACAGCGACAGUCUCUGGACGGAUCACGGCGUGCGCGCUUCUCCUCUCUCUUCCCCACCUCUUCCUCCUUACCUCCCUCCCUGUACCUCCAUCGCCACCCUCGCCAAGCCUCCCCAGACACCAGCAAAGACAAAGCAACGAGGGCUCUUAAUACACGAGUCUGCGGAGGAAGAAAAUAUUUGGUUUUCGAAGUAGACCUCAAACCGGAUCUCGUCACAUUGAGGUCGAAAAUUCCUCACCAGUCGUGUGGAGUGAAGCGCCGAUACCACGUGGUGUGCGCAUGUGUGGUGUUGGCGGCGGCGGUGGCGGUGGUGGUGGUGGUGGUGGUGCUUGCGUGUGUGCGUGGUGGUAGUGAUGGUAAGACGCCGACUGCUGCUGGUGAUGGUCGUGGUGGUGAUGGUGGUGAUGAUCCUGGGCCCCGCCACUCACCUCGUCCAAGCAGCCUCUCAGCGGAAUCUAUGCACGGCGCUGGGCGGGAGGUGCUCGAGGGGCCUACAGGGGUGUGCUGAUGGGCAGAAGCCGCUUCCGACCCUCUUAUGCGGACAAUAUGGAGGGCAGUGCUGUACCCGUGGAGCGCUGGAAGAGUUCAUCGAUAACUUCCGGAAGCCCGUGAAGAGGUUGCCCUUGCCGAGCCCCGCGCGCCACGCCUGCCCUAAGACCCCGAGGAAGUGCAAGAGGCGAGGGGGAAGCUGCAUGUCCCGCACCACCCCCUGCGAGACCUUUGCCAACCCCAAGUUCUGCUCUGGCGGCUCCUGCACCUGCUGUUAUGGCGACCACGAGAAGUGCACCAGCACGCCAGCCUGCAGCGGCGGCUUCUGCUUCAGGGGCAGCAAGUCGGUGUGUCGCGGCGGCAAGGUGCUCCCGUCUGGGUGUCGGGGCCAACGCUGCUCCUGUUGCCUGCCGCGCGGCUCUCACGGCUUGGCCAGCGGGACUUCAGGUCGCUGCACCUGCGGCCAGAGCAACGAUAAGCGCAUCGUGGGAGGCCAGAUGGUGACGCCGCCCUUCAAGUACCCGUGGCUGGUUGGUCUCCUCGCGCAAAACUACAGAAGCAAGUUCUACUGCGGCGGCACGAUCAUCAGCCCCCAGUUCGUGCUCACCGCCGGCCACUGCCUCUACAGCCAGCGUACCGGGAAGCUCUUCAGCCCCAACGAAAUCAAAGUGAGGGUGGGGGACUAUGACCAGUCCUCGCACUGGGACGACGUGAAGGGCGUGACCCGACUGGUGGACGUCAAGGAGCUCAUCCCACACGACAUGUUCCUGGUGUUCCGCGCCUACCACGACAUCGGCCUCAUACGCCUGGCCACGGAGCUCGACCUCGUCUCCCACUCACAGGUCCGGGCGGCGUGUUUACCUCAGAACCACUUCCCCACGUACGAAGGGGCACUGGGCACGGCGUACGGCUGGGGCGUGCUGCAGGAGGGCCACGAGUAUCAGCCGGACAUCGCGCAGGAGGUGACCAUGCCAGUCCUGGGCCCCGACUGCAAGGGUAAGAAGUUCGGGGACGUGACCUUCACCUCGUACAUGCUUUGCGCCGGCGUGGAGGACGGCGGCAAGGACACGUGUCUCGGGGACUCCGGAGGACCCUUGACGGUGAUCGACGACGAGCGACACGUGAUCGUCGGCGUCACCUCCUUCGGAACAGGGUGUGCGCGGCCUGGCUCUCCCGGCGUUUACACCCGCGUCACGGCCUACCUCUCCUGGAUCAUGAGCCAUGUUCAAGACGCCUGCCUCAGGACAUGAAGGUGACGCAGGAGUAAGAUCAUUCACCCGACCUCUGAAAGCAGUAUUACCUUAUGACGUGCGUAGCCUGGGUGUGAUAGUCCUUUGUGAUAACCGUACUGUUGAGCUUCUGCACCGAACACACACUCGUGCACACUCAGGGGAAGAGGAAAUGUGUUCGGCCGAGCACAGAGAAGGUCUUUCACAGAAGCACAUCAAAAGGAGUCCAGAAACACCACAGUAGUUACCUCCAUACAGUUAUAUCCAUUCAGUGACAGGUUAGCCAUAAAAGACAGAUGUAAAGUCACCCUCACAGUAUUACUUCAGAAAACAGUGCAGGGAAAGGAAUCAUAAUAGCCACAUCACUUGAAUACUAAAGACUUGCAUUUACUUGAGGAUUUACGCAUGGAAAUUAUGAUAUAUUUUUCACGUUCUAGAAUUUCAAACGUCUUAAAAAAUUUCAAACAUUCCCUUCAUUUAAGACAACCAAAAAUUCAUCCCUUUCUCUUCUGGUCAAGUGCGGCGGUGGAUCGGUCCUGCCGGGGUUCGAACCGAGGUCUCUAGCGGAUGACUGUGAUAAAUGAGCAGGAAGAAAUAGCCGUGAAUACCUCCUGAGUGUGUGUGUGUGUGUGUGUGUGUGUGUGUGUGUGUGUGUGUGUGUGUGUGUGUGUGUGUGUGUGUGUGUGUGUGUGUGUGUAUGUAAGUAGUAGUAUUCGCUCUUUGUUACUACGUGUUGUUAUUGUUGUUGCUGUUGUUGUUGUUGUUGUUGUUGUCGUUGUUAAUUGUUAGUUGUAGUUGUCGUGCAUGUUAUCGUUUGUUUGUUAGUUUGUUCGUUAUUACUUACGUGUUACCGGUUUCGUUCGUGUUACAAAUCACAAUGUCCGUAUUUUUAUAUUUCUACCUUAUUUAUUUAUUUAUCCAUCUAUUUAUAUAUUUAUUAUUAUCAGUAUAUCAUUUUUUCUUAAUAUUAUCACCAUUGUAUCUUCUCUCGCUCUUCAUUCAGCAUUCCAUAAUUAUAAUAGUAGUAAAAAAAUAACCUUACGAAAUGACCAGAAGAAACAUUUGUCGCAAAACUAUUCACUCAUUCAUCUCCCCGUCUCGAUAGUUUGUACUCUACCUUAAAUACAGUGUUCCAAAAGCUCCCCUAACCAGACUUUCCCUCCCUUUACUGGCGAGAGAGACAGACAGACAUACACACAAACAGGCAAAAAGACAUAUACAAAUAGACAUACAAGACAGACAGACAGACAUACGCAGACAGGCAGACAAAACAGAGAGACAGGGGUUAAGAGAAACUAGAAUGAGAGAUUUAGAGAGACAGACAGACAGACGGACAUACAGACACACAGACAGACAGACACACAUACCAAUAGACAGACAUAUAUAGACACACAAACAGGCAAAAAGACAUAUACAAAUAGACAUACAAGACAGACAGACAGACAUACGCAGACAGGCAGACAAAACAGAGAGACAAG